AUGGGCAAGGGUGGGGCCGUGGGUGGGCGGGACCGCGUGGGUGGGGGAGGAAGUAGCACAACGGCGCGGGCUCACUCACUAAGCCAUCCCCGCCCACCAUACCACGCCCGCCCGCCGUGUGGUGCGCAGGAGGCGGUGAAGUGCAUGCGGCACAGCCGGCGCACCACUCUCACCACGGCGGACAUCGCGGCCGCCCUCAGCCUGCGGAACGUCGAGCCGCUGUUUGGGCUGGCAGCGGCGGACAGCGUGCGGUUCCGGCGGGCACUGGGGCACAGCGACGUCGUCUUCCUGCACGACCCCACGCUGCCGCUCUCCCAGGUGGUGGAGGCGGGGCUGCCGUGCGCCCCGGCGGACGUGAGUGUGGCGCCGCACUGGCUGGCCGUGGACGGCACCAUGCCCGCCACCCCUGAGAACGCCCCGCCCGCAGCACUGUGCCUCAGCUGCCGUGUGCGCAGCACUCCGCUGCCUGCCCGUCACUGCCACCCACCCACCCUCACAUGCUUCGUCCCCCCUCCCGCCCUGUGGCCCGCAGGCAUGCCGGCAGCAGCAGUGAAGGCGGAGGGGGGGCGGGCAGCAGAGGGCGGCGCACAGCGAGCAGGGGGAGGGGCAGGUGGGGGGGCAGGCGGGGGGGAGGUGGUGGAGGUGAAGCUGCCGGUGAAGCACGUGCUCUCCAAGGAGCUGCAGCUCUACUUCGAGCGCGUCACCGAGCUCGUGCUGCUCACUGCCCGCCCCCCUGCCCCCGCCGCCUCCGCUGCUGCCACUGCAGGGGGGCAGCAGCAGCAGCAACAGCAGAGUGUGCUGUGGCACGCGCUGCGCAGUGUGGCGGUGGAUGCGGGGCUGCACGCGCUGCUGCCCUACUUUGUGCACUUCAUUGCUGACGAGGUGAUGCGCUCGCUGGACGACUGCUUGCUGCUGGGCAGCCUCAUGCGCCUCGCCAGGGCGCUGCUGCUCAACCCGCACCUCCACAUGGAGCCAUACCUGCACCAGCUGAUGCCAGCCAUGGUGACAUGUGUGGUGGCCAAGCGUCUGGGCGAGCGGCAGCACCACGCCCACUGGCGGCUACGGGCCUUCACCGCCACGCUGCUCGCGCUCAUCUGCCACAGGUUCGGCCGAGCCUACGUGUCGUUGCAGCCUCGGUUGACGCGCACCUUGCUGCACACCUUGCUGGACCCCAAGCGCUCGCUGCCUCAACACUUCGGCGCCAUCCGCGCUCUCACUGCGCUGGGGCCCACCGUGGUGCGAGUGCUGCUGCUGCCGCACCUACCGCUGUACGUGCGGCUGCUGCAGGCGCACAUGGGCGUGCCAGGGCUCUGCUCCGCGCCACCCACCCCUGCCAAGCAGCAAGAGGCCUGGCGGGUCUGGGGCGCCGUGCAGCAAGCAGCAUCAGUGGCGGUGGCGCCUCACCUGCGCCUCUACCACCCGGCGCUGCUGCCCCGCCUGCUGGAGGGCGGGGAGGUGGAGGGGGCAGCACAGGGUGGAGAGGGUGGUUGUGAAGGGGGCACACAUGCAAGCGGAGCAGCAGGGGCAGGGGGCGCAGCUGGGAUGGGUGGAGGGGCAUGGGGGAGGAUGAAGCGUGUUGGAGGGGGGGUGAGAUUCGCUGCCAGCCCGCGAGUAGCUGUACCCGCUGUGCGCACCGUGCCCCCACUGCCGCCGCCGCUGCCCUAUGCGGCGGCGGGCAGGGAGGCAUCGCUGCUACUCUUCUUCCCGGCGCUGCAGCGCGGGCAGCAGCGGGGGGCCGGGCUGGCGGGGCUGGACGGCUUCCACAUGGGGCUGGGCCAGGGGGGUUAUGACGAUGACGACAGCAGCGAGUGGGAGGCGGGUGGGGCGGGGCGGCUGUGGGCGGUGGCGGAGCGCGUGGGGCCGGUGGUGGUGAGCAGUGGGAAUGGCGGCGGGCGCGACUACGAGGUGGGCGACGCUCCCACCAAGGCCGCUCUCGCAGCCCUGGCUGGGGUGCGCGGGGGUGCUGAGACGCAAGGGCAGGGGCCGGGGGGGAGAAGUGAAAGUGGGGAGAAUGUGGGUCUGUUAGUUGAGGGGCUGGUGUAUUUGCUAGGUGAUGCUAUGAUCCCUUUUGUACCCACUGCACCCUUGUUCAUGCAUCUGUAA